CACGCGUGCAGAAGCUGUCAGAAUGGCCGAUGUUCACGAACGUCUCGAGUUGGAACAGAGUUUUCCGAAGCAACGGGACGCGCCUACACUGAAACGUAAAAAGUUGUUGUCUUCCGAUUACGUUAUUAAGAAGAGGCAACCGUUCGGUACAGCUAGUAAAAGAAUCAAAGACGUAUUCGUUACGAACAAAACAAACUUCAAGGCCCAGUUGAAGAAGUGUGAAAAACUAUUAAACAAUGGGAUGUCUGAAGUGAUUAUUCAUGGUCUUGGAGCUGCAGUUACCAGAGCUUGCAAUUUGGCUCUACAAUUAAGAGAAGCUCAUUAUGGUGGAAUAGAAUUAGACAUCAAGACUUCUACAGUGUCUAUCAUUGAUGACUUUGAGCCUCUUAAUGAUAAUUUAGACUAUGAAACAAUUAAUAGAAACAAUUCAGCUGUGCAUAUACGAGCUUUUAGAAAAUUCUCAGUGAGCAGUCUGAAAUAUCACGAAGAACAGAAGCAAUAGAAUAGAAAAUUUAGAGUCUUGUGAUUGCAGUUAUCAAAGUUUGUAAUUUGGCUCUGCAUUUAAGGGAAGCUCAUUAUGGUAGAA